UUAAAGUUAUAUAUAGCUCUGGCCGUCUAGUUUCAUCUUCUUCACUAGUAUCACAAGUGCCGUGACGUGCGACCUUUUCUCUCUGAUUAUCUUUAUUCAUCUUUUUCCCAUUUUGCUCUCCCCCUUAGCUUUAUCCAUUCGCUGAAUUUUCGUUGAUUUAUGUAACAGGGUUUGUCUAUUCCAAUCAUUUUUUCCAAGUAUUCUUAAACGUGCAGGCUCCACUUGUACCGAUCCUUGAAUUCGUGCCGCUGGUAUUGCAUUUUUUUUUUAAAGGAAAAUGAAGGGAAAUACGGCAAAUCCAUUGCACUUGACAUCCCUGAAUCACAUCUCACUUAUUUGUAAAUCCGUCGAGAAAUCAAUGGAUUUUUACACCAGCGUUCUUGGGUUCGUCCCGGUUAGGAGGCCUGGAUCGUUCAAUUUUGAUGGAGCAUGGUUGUUUAGUUAUGGGAUUGGAAUACAUCUAUUGCAAGCCGAAAAUCCGGACGACAUGCCGGAGAAGACCGUAAUCAAUCCCAAGGAUAAUCAUAUAUCUUUUCAGUGUGACAGUAUGGCUGCAGUGGAGAAGAUGCUGGCGGAAAUGGAAAUCAAGUACGCGAGGCAGCGAGUGGAAGAAGGUGGGAUUUAUGUGGAUCAGCUGUUCUUCCAUGAUCCAGAUGGAUUCAUGAUUGAGAUAUGCAACUGUGAUAACCUGCCAGUGAUCCCAUUGGCCGGUGAGAUGAUCCGUUCAUGCUCAAGAGUGAAUCUGCAGAUGAUGCAAGCUCAGCAACACCUACCCGUAGUGCGACCUUAGUUACAAAGGAUUAAUUAGCUGAAACGUCAGAUACGCGUCUACGCAGCUUCUGUGGCUGCCCGCUGGCUUUGCCUACUUGUCGUCUCUGUUAAUUUGUUAGUACUACUAUCACUGUACUAUGUAGUCGUAGCAGGUGUUUUUCAUGUGUAGCAAUCAAUGUUGGCUCUGGCCUGGUUAGGUUGUAAUAACGACAAUAUCCGCCAAAUGAGAUGCUCAUUUUGUGUGUGAGCUUGCGUCUGA